AGAAGCAGUGUCAAGAUGAUUGUCCUGUGGAUUAUAUUCUUUUGUCUUCAACAAGCAUAUUCUUUAGUUCCAGUGAAAACUGUUCAGCUUGGUGAACCAGCAACUUUAACAUGUGCUUUACCCAAAGAGCUGAGCAGUAGAGGAGUCAACUGGUACAAGCAGAGCGUUGGGGACACUCUUAAACUAAUAGCCACACUGUAUAAAUCUACAAGUGAUUAUGGUCCUGGAUUUUCUAGUACAAGAAUUCAGGUUCAUAAAGAUAAGAAUUUUACCAGCCUGACCAUUUUGAAGACAGUUCAAGAGGAUGAGGCACUCUAUCACUGUGCAAAUACAGAAUGGAUUGGAACUACAUGGAGUGGAACAUAUUUGUUAAUAAAAGGAGAUACUCAGGGGGUGUCAAACUAUACAGUCAGUCAGUUGCUGAUAGAAAUGAAUCCAGUCCAUCCAGGAGACACAAUGACUCUCCAGUGUUCAGUCUUCUCUGACUCUGAGAACAAGACAUGUCCAGGAGAUCUCAAUGUCCUCUGGUUCAGAGCUGGAUCAAAUAAAUCUCAUCCAAACAUCAUCUACGCUGACAGGAACAGACGUAAUGAAUAUGAGACCAGAUCUGAGACUCAGCAGAGUUGUGUUUUUCGCUUCUCCAAGAACGUCAGCUCCUCUGAUGCUGGGACUUAUUACUGUGCUGUGGCCACAUGUGGGGAGAUAUUAUUUGGAAAUGGAACUACACUGGAUAUUCAAGUGCCAUCCACACAGUCAUCAUUUAUUCAUAUGGCAAUAUUAAUAGUCUGUUUGGCCAUUUCUGCCAUUGGAAAUGUUUUCCUUAUCUGCAACCAAAGACUAUAUAAGCAAUUUAAAGGAACAGAAAGUGCUAUAUCAGAUACACAAACUGAGACCUCACACCAACCAACUGAAGCACUAAACUACGCUGCACUGAAUUUCUCUGAAAGAAAAACAAGAGGAAGAAGGAAGAGAGAGUUUGCCGAAGACAGCGUCUACUCUCAAGUCGCAUGCUGAUGUUGAUGCCACUG